AGUGUAUACAGCACUUUUUACGCGAAAGAUGCAUGGUAAUUUUCGAUGAAUGUCGCUCGACCUGGAUGGCCUAGAAGAAACGUUAAUUUUCCCUUCCCCUCAAAACAUUGUAUUUAGUGGUUUGAUUAAAACGACUUUCUCGACAUUGGAGAAGCGCUAUCACCGAGAAGCGGCGAUUUGUACAGCCUGAGGUAUUAUCAGUUGUUUAUAGUCCUAAUAACUUUGUUAUCGGACCGGAGAAUGCCUCGCAGCCGGGCAACAAUGGAAACAAAACGAGAGCAAGAUGAACCGGCCGCCAAGAGGGAAGCUUUUGCACGAACUCGGUUGCCAACUUUGCUGAAUGUCGAAGGAGCCGGUCAAUGUAUUGCUGUUUUAACAAGCGGUGGAGAUGCACAAGGGAUGAAUGCAGCCAUCAGAGCUGUGGUUAGGAUGGGUAUCUAUGCAGGAGCCAGGGUCUUUACUGUGUGGGAGGGUUAUCAGGGAUUGGUGGAUGGUGGUGAUAACAUCAGAGAAGUCAGAUGGGAGGAAGUGUCUGGUAUCAUUCAACUGGGAGGAACAGUCAUUGGAAGUGCAAGAUGUAAAGAUUUUAGAUCGCGUGAAGGUCGUUUAACAGCUGCUAAGAACAUGGUGACCUUAGGCAUAACAAAUUUAGUUGUUAUUGGAGGUGAUGGUAGUUUAACAGGGGCCAAUCUGUUCAGACAGGAAUGGCAAGAGCUUUUGGAAGAGCUGGUAGAAACUGGUGCUGUGACUGAAAAAAUGGCACAAGAAAAUAAUCACCUUAAUAUAGUGGGGAUGGUUGGCUCAAUUGACAAUGAUUUCUGUGGCACUGAUAUGACCAUUGGAGCUGAUUCAGCACUUCAUAGGAUUUUUGAAGCAGUAGAUGCCAUUACAACAACAGCUUCAAGCCAUCAGAGGACUUUUGUCCUUGAAGUUAUGGGGAGACAUUGUGGAUACCUAGCUCUUGUUACAGGCUUGGGAGUUGGUGCAGACUAUAUUUUCAUCCCUGAAUGGCCUGUCCAAGAAGGUUGGGAGGAAAAAAUGUGCAAUCACUUGAGAAAAGUCAGGGAUAGUGGAAGACGUUUAUGCAUUAUCAUUGUGGCAGAGGGUGCUCAGGAUGUUGCAGGAAACCCUGUCACUGCUAAUGACAUUAAGGAGCUUGUCAAGACAAAACUCCAGCACGAUGCACGAGUCACGAUUCUUGGACAUGUCCAGAGAGGAGGAAUCCCAUCUGCUUUUGACAGAAUUCUGUCUUGUCGCAUGGGAGCAGAGGCAGCCCUCGCUGUCUUGGAUGCCAAGCCAGAUACUGCCCCAUGUGUAAUCUGCCUGGACGGAAACAAGAUCAAGAAAAGAGUACUCAUGGAAUGUGUCCGUAAGACUCUGGAGGUCAAGGACGCAACGAAAGCAAAGAACUUUGAUAAAGUUGUCGAACUGAGGGGAAGAACCUUCCAGAGCAACAUAGAGAUUUUCAAAGUCUUGAGGGAAGUGGAGCCUCCAGCCUCGAGCCAGUGUGAUAUAUCUGGCACUUGCAAAUCUGGUCACACCUUGGCAGUUAUCAACAUUGGUGCCCCUGCAGGAGGCAUGAGCACUGCUGUCCGUGCCUUUGUCCGCUUCUCACUCUGUCAAGGACACACAGUGCUGGGAAUCAGAGAUGGAAUCAAUGGGCUCUUUGAUGACAAGGUGGAACAACUAGGAUGGCUCCAUGUCGACUCUUGGGCAGGGGCAGGAGGAUCCAAAUUGGGAACCACAAGAACCUUACCUUCUAAAGAUAUGCAAAAGGUUGCAGAAAAGUUAUCUAAACACGGGAUUCAAGGACUGUUGGUUAUUGGAGGCUUUGAGGCUUACAACGCUGUUCUGGAGCUUGCAGAAGCCCGUGACAAGUUCCCAGCUUUCCGCAUUCCAAUGGUUAUCAUUCCCGCCACAAUUAGUAACAAUGUGCCCGGUACAGAUCUUAGUUUAGGAGUAGACACAGCUCUCAAUGUGAUAACAGAGAAUUGUGACCGCAUCAAGCAGUCUGCCAGCAGUGCAACGAGACGCGUGUUUGUUGUUGAGUGCAUGGGCGGCUACUGUGGUUACCUAGCAACCAUGAGCGCCCUCGCGGGAGGAGCUGACGCAGCGUACAUCUUUGAAGAGAAACUUACUCUUGAAGAUUUGAAGAAAAACAUCGAGCAUUUGAUAGACAAAAUGAAAGGUUCUGUGCGAAGAGGACUCAUUUUGCGGAACGAGAAAUGCAGCGAAAAUUACACGACAGACUUCAUCUCGGCUCUAUAUCGAGAAGAAGGAGAGGGCCUUUUCACGGUCAGAACCAAUGUACUUGGUCACGUGCAGCAGGGUGGAUCUCCGUCGCCUUUUGAUCGAAUCCAGGCCACCAGACAGGCGACUUUGGCCGUUAACUGGCUGACUCAAAGGAUUGGGGAGAAUUUAACAGAUCAAGGAUCUGUUGAAACUUCAUCUCCAAGCACUGCUUGUCUAUUGGGUAUCAAGAAGUCUGAUAACCCUUUCACGCCAGUUCAAGAUCUGAAAAGUGUCACAGACUUUAAACACCGCGUCCCCAAAGAGCAAUGGUGGUUAGAAAUGCGUUCCUUACAGAAAAUAUUGGCCAAAUAUCAGCAGCAUUUUGACUACCACCGGGAAGACGAUUUAUCCCCUCUUCCAUGAAGCGCACGUGAUGUGCACGUGUUGUCUUUAGUUCUGGUCACGUGGAUUUGUGUCUCAGAUGUAGUGAAAACGAGAUUGAUUUGAGACGGAGAUUAGAAAAUUCCGAGUAGGGUUUAUUUCGAGUCAAGAUGCUAAAAUGAAGUGUUUUAGUACAGCGGUCUUUGAAUAAGCCAGGAGGAACAAUGUGUGUUGUCUGAGUUGUCACGUUUGUCCAAAAUAUCGCAAAUGGUGAUGUCAUGAAUGGUUGUACGAUGAUUUGCGAAGUGAUUUUGGUAUAAAAUGUGAAGGAAUAUUUAAAAGACUGACGAAAAGAAGAUUAUCUAGAAGUUAAACAAAAUCGAUGAAAAUAUUGAAAGGUGUGAAACCACACUAAAGGAAUUAUCCACAAUUUUUGGUUGUGUUAAAUAGAGAACAUUAUAUAGCCGCGCGGGGAUACGAAUUUUAUCCUAGAGAAAUACUUUCAGCACGAGAAGAUGAAAUUCGUAUCCCCAAGCGGCCACGUCAUGUUCUGUUUAUGUUUUAGAUACUGAUGAAAUUCCUAAAUAAUUUCAAAAGAACUAGCCGCGCGCCUGAGCGGGAAGCUCUCUUGUAAUUGGCUAAUCAUAUUAGUAACCAUGGCGACACCAAUAUCCUCACACGUGAAAGAUGAGAGUGGUUUCUUCACUGUGCGCAAUGAAGAUAUGAUUUUUUAGUAAAAGGAAAAAUCCUGGUAUUUCAUCAGUAUCUUUAUAAUAAUAAUAGUUGUGUAUCUGGUAGAAGAUCAACUAAUUUAUGCCAUACCGGUAACUUGUCCAAAAAGUUGUAUUAGUCUAUUAAUUUUUAUUAUUAUUUUAUUAAUAUAGUCGGUUACAGGUGAAGUUGUGUGGAGUUACUUUAGGCCCUUGUUCUUAAACUGGCGAGAAAUGUUGACUGGUUUCUUCAAAGUCGUUCUGCAAAGAAAAGAAUCUGACUUACUACUCUUCACCGCAGAAGCUCUUUAAUAAAUGUAGGUCAUUUCCGUUC